AUAUGGCCGCGUGGAAAGUGUUAAAAUUCUCCCCAAGAGGGGAUCUGAAGGAGGAGUGGCUGCCUUUGUGGAUUUUGUGGACAUCAAAAGUGCACAGAAAGCUCACAACUCUGUUAACAAAAUGGGAGACAGAGACCUACGCACGGAUUAUAAUGAACCAGGCACCAUUCCGAGUGCUGCUCGGGGAUUGGAUGAUACAGUUUCCAUAGCAUCUCGUAGUAGAGAGGUUUCUGGGUUCAGAGGAGGUGGUGGAGGGCCUUCUUAUGGCCCCCCACCAUCACUUCAUGCACGAGAAGGACGUUAUGAGCGGAGACUUGAUGGGGCUUCAGAUAACAGGGAGCGUGCUUAUGAACAUAGUGCCUAUGGACACCAUGAACGGGGGACGGGAGCAUUUGAUCGGACAAGACAUUACGAUCAGGAUUACUAUAGAGAUCCUCGAGAGCGGACAUUACCACAUGGGCUCUAUUAUACUUCUCCUCGGAGUCGAAGUCCAAACCGUUUUGAUGCUCAUGAUCCCCGAUACGAACCUAGGGCUCGGGAGCAGUUUACACUGCCCAGUGUGGUACACAGGGAUAUCUACAGGGAUGAUAUUACCCGGGAGGUACGAGGCAGAAGGCCAGAGCGGAAUUACCAGCACAGCAGGAGUCGCUCACCACACUCAUCCCAGUCUAGAAAUCAGUCUCCUCAGAGACUGGCUAGCCAAGCGACUAGACCCACCAGGUCCCCUAGCGGCAGCGGCUCUAGGAGUAGAUCCUCCAGUAGUGAUUCAAUCAGCAGCAGCAGUAGUACCAGCAGUGACAGCAGUGAGUCCAGCAGCAGUUCAAGUGAUGACUCUCCAGCCCGAUCAGUUCAGUCUGCUGCAGUCCCAGCCCCCACCUCCCAGCUGCUUUCCUCUCUGGAAAAAGAUGAGCCCCGUAAAAGUUUUGGGAUCAAGGUUCAGAAUCUUCCAGUACGCUCUACAGAUACAAGCCUUAAAGAUGGCCUUUUCCAUGAAUUUAAGAAAUUUGGCAAGGUGACUUCAGUGCAAAUCCAUGGAGCUUCAGAAGAGAGGUAUGGUCUGGUAUUCUUUCGGCAACAAGAGGACCAAGAAAAAGCACUGACUGCAUCAAAAGGAAAGCUUUUCUUUGGUAUGCAGAUUGAAGUAACAGCAUGGAUAGGGCCAGAAACGGAGAGUGAAAAUGAGUUUCGCCCCUUGGAUGAAAGGAUAGAUGAAUUUCAUCCCAAAGCAACAAGAACUCUCUUUAUUGGCAACCUUGAAAAAACCACUACUUACCAUGACCUUCGCAACAUCUUCCAGCGCUUUGGAGAAAUUGUGGACAUUGAUAUUAAGAAAGUAAAUGGAGUUCCUCAGUAUGCAUUCUUGCAAUACUGUGAUAUUGCCAGUGUUUGUAAAGCUAUUAAGAAGAUGGAUGGGGAGUACCUUGGAAAUAAUCGUCUCAAGUUGGGUUUUGGAAAGAGCAUGCCUACCAACUGCGUGUGGUUAGAUGGGCUCUCUUCAAAUGUGUCGGAUCAAUAUUUAACACGACAUUUCUGCCGAUAUGGGCCUGUGAUAAAGGUGGUGUUUGACCGUUUAAAAGGCAUGGCCCUGGUUCUCUACAAUGAGAUUGAAUAUGCACAAGCAGCUGUAAAAGAGACCAAGGGGAGGAAAAUUGGUGGCAAUAAAAUUAAGGUGGAUUUUGCAAAUCGGGACAGUCAGCUGGCAUUUUAUCACUGCAUGGAGAAAUCUGGUCAAGAUGUCAGAGACUUUUAUGAAAUGUUACUAGAAAGAAGAGAGGAGCGAAGGGGAUCCUAUGACUAUAACCAAGACCGGCCGUAUUAUGAGAGCAUUCGCACUCCAGGCACAUACGCUGAGGACUCCAGGCGGGACUAUACUGCUCGGGGGAGAGAAUUCUACUCGGAGUGGGAAACAUACCAAGGAGAUUACUAUGAGUCACGCUAUUACGAUGAUCCUCGGGAAUACAGAGAUUACAGGAGUGAUCCUUAUGAACAAGAUAUCCGGGAGUACAGUUACAGACAGAGGGAACGAGAGAGAGAACGUGAAAGAUUUGAGUCUGACCGGGACAGAGACCACGAGAGACGGCCCAUUGAGCGGAGUCAGAGUCCAGUGCACUUGCGCCGUCCUCAGAGUCCCGGCGCAUCCCCCUCCCAGGCAGACAGGCUGGCCAGUGACUCCGAGAGGAGGCUUUAUAGCCGCUCCUCAGACCGCAGUGGCAGCUGCAGCUCACUCUCCCCUCCACGGUACGAUAAACUGGACAAGGUUCGUUUGGAGCGAUAUGCAAAAAAUGAAAAGGCAGAUAAAGAACGGACUUUUGAUUCUGAGAGAGUGGAGAGAGAAAGACGCUUAAUACGGAAGGAUAAAGUGGAAAAGGACAAAACUGACAAGCAGAAACGAAAAGGAAAAGUUCAUUCCCCUAGUUCUCAGUCUUCAGAGACCGACCAAGAAAAUGAGCGAGAACAGAGCCCUGAAAAACCAAGAAGUUCUAAUAAACUAAGCAGAGAAAAAGCCGACAAAGAGGGAAUAGCAAAAAACCGCUUGGAACUCAUGCCUUGUGUGGUUUUGACUCGAGUAAAAGAAAAAGAGGGAAAAGUCAUCGACCACACUCCACUGGAGAAGCUGAGAGCCAGACUCGAUAAUGAUACCAGCAAGGCUUCUGCCCUGGACCAGAAACUUCAGAUCUCUCAGGCUGAGCCUGCAAAACUGGACCUGUCAAAACUGGAGUCUGUUCGCGUGAAAGUGCCGAAGGAAAAGACCCUGGCAAGCCACCCUGACGCGGUGGAUAAGGAAGUCAGGCCCAAACCCAGGAAGCACCUCAAGCCAGAGCAGACUGCUGAUGGGUUGAGUGCUGCAGAUGUGGAGAAGCUGGAAGCAAGGAAAAGGCGAUUUGCAGAUUCCAAUUUAAAAGUAGAAAGGCAAAAACCAGAAGUCAAGAAAAGUAGUCCCGAAAUGGAAGAUACUCGGGUGCUUCUGAAAAAGCAGCCUGAUGUGUCAUCUCGAGAUGUUAUUUUACUAAGGGAAGGAGAGUGUGAAAGAAAGCCUGUGAGAAAAGAAAUUCUUAAAAGAGAAUCUAAAAAAAUCAAAGUGGACAGACUCAAUACUGUUCCCAGUCCCAAAGACUGUCAGGAGCUUGUCAGUGUUUCUGCUGGGUCUGGCUUGAGGCCCAGCUCAGAGCUACAAGCAAGAUUGGGAGAGCCAGUAGUUGAAUCUGCAGAAAAUCAAGAAAUCCAGUCCAAAAAACCGAACCCUUCAAAACCGCAGCUCAAACAGCUGCAGCUCCUAGACGAUCAAGGACCAGAGAGAGACGAUGUCAGGAAAAACUAUUGCGGCCUUCGUGAUGAGACACCUGAGCGUAAGCCGGGCCAGGACAGACCUCGUGCAGUGAACACUGAGGAGAAAACUGGCAUCGACAUUGAUCACACACAGAGUUACCGAAAACAAAUGGAACAGAGUCGUAGAAAACAGCAGAUGGAGAUGGAAAUAGCCAAGUCUGAGAAGUUCGGCAGUCCUAAAAAAGAUGUAGAUGAGUAUGAAAGAAGGAGCCUCGUUCAUGAGGUAGGCAAACCUCCGCAAGAUGUCACCGAUGACUCCCCUCCCAGCAAGAAGAAAAGGAUGGAUCACGUUGACUUUGAUAUCUGCACCAAGAGAGAGAGGAAUUACAGAAGCUCACGGCAAAUCAGUGAGGAUUCCGAAAGGACUAGCUGUUCUCCCAGCAUUCGCCAUGGUUCCUUCCACGAGGACGAUGACCCUCUCAGCUCUCCAAGGCUAACAUCAGUAAAAGGGUCUCCCAAAGUAGAUGAGAAAAGUCUCCCCUAUUCUAGUAUAACAGUGAGGGAAGAGUCCUUAAAAUUUAACCCUUAUGAUUCCAGUAGGAGGGAACAGAUGGCAGACAUGGCCAAAAUAAAGCUAUCUGUCUUGAAUUCUGAAGAGGAACUAAAUCGUUGGGAUUCUCAAAUAAAACAAGAUAGCAGCAGAUUUGAUGUGAGUUUCCCAAACAGCAUAAUUAAGAGAGACAGUCUUCGAAAAAGGUCUGUUCGGGACUUGGAACCUGGCGAGGUGCCUUCGGAUUCUGAUGAAGAUGGUGAACAUAAAUCCCACUCACCCAGAGCUUCUGCACUGUAUGAAAGCUCUCGAUUGUCUUUUUUAUUGAGGGACAGAGAAGACAAAUUACGUGAGCGAGAUGAAAGACUCUCUACUUCUUUAGAAAGGAACAAAUUUUACUCUUUUGCACUGGAUAAGACAAUCACACCAGACACUAAAGCUUUGCUUGAAAGAGCUAAAUCCCUUUCUUCAUCCCGAGAAGAAAAUUGGUCUUUUCUUGACUGGGACUCUCGGUUUGCUAAUUUUCGAAACAACAAAGAUAAAGAAAAGGUUGACUCUGCUCCAAGACCUAUUCCAUCCUGGUACAUGAAAAAAAAGAAAAUCAGAACUGAUUCAGAAGGAAAAAUGGAUGAUAAAAAAGAUAAUCAUAAAGAAGAAGAGCAGGAAAGGCAAGAAUUAUUUGCGUCCCGUUUUUUACACAGCUCCAUCUUUGAGCAAGAUUCCAAGCGACUGCAGCAUCUGGAGAGGAAGGAUGAAGAGUCUGACUUCACUCCUGGCCGGUUGUACGGGCGGCAGAUGUCCGAUGGCGCAAAUAGCACAAGUGACUCCGUUCAGGAGCCAGUGGUCCUAUUCCAUAGCCGAUUUAUGGAGCUCACUCGAAUGCAGCAGAAAGAAAAAGACCAAAAACCCAAAGAGGUUGAAAGACAGGAAGAUACAGAGAAUCAUCCCAAGACCCCAGAAUCUGCUUCUGAGAAUAAAGAGUCAGAACUGAGAACUCCUUCUUCAGCCGGACCUCCCAGUGUCACAGUUAUGACUCCAGAGUCAGUGUCACCAGCACCGGAAAAAACAACCAAUGAAAAAACCGCAGAGGCAGCUUUGGUGACAGAAGAGAAGACUGUGGAGCCAGCCUCUGUCUCAGAAGAAGCAAAACCAGUAUUGGAACUGGCGCCCGUCUCCGUUGAACAACCGGAACAGGUAGACCUGACCGCGGGAGCGGACACCAGUAACGAUGCUGCUGUGGCGCCCUCUGCGGCUGAAGAAAGCUCAUCCACUGAGCAGCUGCCUCACCCAGAUGCCAAGCCUCCGGCUCCGGGGGCCUCGCCCUCCCCAGUCGAGAGCAGGGGAGAUCCAGAACCUGACAGUACUCAGCCACCUUCAAAACCAACUCAGAAGCCUGAGGAAGCUGAUGAGCCAAAAGCAGAAAAGCCAGAUACAGCUGCAAAAGUUGAGCCUAACGCAAAUCCAAAAGCUGAAGUUGUUCCGGAGGUUCAGCCUCAGGCUCCUGAAAAUGUAGAUGCUGAGCCUCCAGUUGCUACAAAAGAUAAGAAGCCAAGCAAAAGUAAGCGUGCCAAGACGCCCAUCCAGGCAGCUACAGCAAGUGUCGUGGAAAAGCCCGUCACUAGGAAGAGUGAGAGGAUAGACCGGGAAAAGCUAAAGAGGGCCAGUUCUCCUCGGGGAGAAGCACAGAAGCUUUUAGAAUUGAAGAUGGAAGCAGAGAAGAUUACAAGGACUGCUUCUAAAAACUCUGUGGGGGACCCUGAGCACCCUGAGCCAAGUUUGCCUCUCAGCCGAACAAGGCGCCGGAAUGUGAGGAGUGUUUAUGCAACCAUGAGUGACCAUGAAAACCGCUCUCCUGCCAAAGAACCUGUAGAGCAGCCUCGAGUGACCAGGAAGAGACUGGAGCGAGAGCUUCAGGAGGCAGCGCCGGUUCCUACCACUCCACGGAGGGGCCGGCCUCCAAAAACACGCCGUCGCGCUGAGGAGGAGGAAGAGGCGGAGGCCAAGGAACCCACGGAAACACUGAAGCCAGCUGAGGGGUGGAGGUCCCCGAGGUCUCAAAAAUCAGCAGCCACUGGCGGUUCCCAAGGGAAAAGGGGGAAAAAUGAACCAAAAGUUGGUGCUGAGUGUGCUGAGGCUCCCACUGAAGUGGGUCCCCAAGUGAACAUGAAAGAAAAUAACACCAGGUCCAAAGCUGAAGAAGCAGGAAGUGAACAGAAGCGUGACAAAAAAGAAACCAUCACAGACAAAAAUGUACCUGACACUCCUCCUGUUGAGGUGGUAGAGAAAAAGCCAGCCCCUGAAAAAAACUCCAAAUCAAAGCGAGGAAGAUCUCGAAACUCAAGGUCAGCAGUGGACAGAUCUGCACAUCUGAAAAGUGCAGGCCCACCUGCUGGUCCUGGGGAGGCCGCAGGGGCUGUGGCACAGGCCGAGGAACCAGAAGCUGGGGUCGUAGCAGUCUCCCCUGAGAAAAGCGAGAGUCCUCAUAAGGAAGGUAGUUCCUCGUCCCAGUUGAAAAAUGAUCCAGUGGAUCCCAGCAAGGAACCAGAGGAGGAAGACAUGUCUGCCUCCAGGGUGUCCCCAGAAGCCACUCAGCUAGCCAGGCAGAUGGAGCUGGAGCAGGCCGUGGAGAAUAUUGCAAAGCUUACUGAGACCUCUGCCCAUGCAGCCUGCAAGGCAGCAGCUGCAGGCACAACUGAGGGCCUCACCACAGAGGACAGAGACAAACCCCCACACCAGGCAAGUGAAACAGAACUGGCUGCCGCCAUUGGAUCUAUCAUGAGUGACAUUUCUGGAGAGCAGGAAAAUUUCGCUGCCCCUCCCCCAUUCCCUGCAGAAUCUCAGACAGAUCCGCCAUCACAGAUGCAAGCCCCGCAGCCCCAAGAGGAAGAAGCAGAACCUGAGACCCACGAUGCCGUGUCCGGCAUCUUAGAGACGGAGGCUGCUGCAGAGUCUUCUCGGCCACCGGUCAGCACCUCUGAUACCUCAGGAAGCCCAGCACAUGCCAAGGAAGCCAGAGGGAACGACAGUGAACCCUCCCAGCUGGCCCAGGAAACCAGAGGGUCCAAGGGAGUAGAAGUUCCUCUUGCUCGUAAAGACAAAGGGCGCCAGAAGACAACUCGAUCACGCCGCAAACGGAAUACAAAUAGGAAGGUGGCAAGCGCUGCCACAGAGACCCGUGCCUCUGAGUCUCCCCAGGCUGAAAGCAAGAGCCCUGCUGUGAAUGAGGCUGUGAUAGUGCAACCCCCAGAACCUCCACAGGAAGAAAAGCAGAGUGAAAAGCCCCAUUCUACUCCUCCUCCGGCGUGUACCUCUGACCCGAGCAAGACUCUCUCUGCAGAGAGUUUGUCCGAAGAAAUCAGCGUUGAGGAAAAGACUCCAACCAAAACGUCUGUGCUCCCAGACCUGCCCAUGUCUUCCCAGCCAGCACCGGUGGAUGAUGAGCCUCAGGCCAGGUUCAAGGUGCAUUCCAUCAUUGAAAGUGACCCAGUGACCCCGCCCAGUGACUCAGGCAACCCCCCACCCACAGUUCCUUCUGUAACGGCUGCAAAGCUUCCACCACCGCUGACCCCCGGGGGACUGUCACACCAGAGCCCCGCUCCUAAGGUGACAGAGUGGAUCACCAGGCAGGAAGAGCCGCAGGCUCAGUCCACUCCGUCUCCAGCUCUUCCCCCAGAUACCAAGGCCUCUGACGUGGACACUAGCUCCAGUACUCUGAGGAAGAUCCUCAUGGACCCCAAAUACGUGUCUGCAAGUGUCACCACGUCAACAAGUGUCACCACGGCCAUCGCAGAGCCUGUAAGUGCUGCCCCUUGCCUACAUGAGGCACCAGCUGCUCCAGUUGAAUCUAAAAAGCCUCCUGUAGAGGACAGACCAGCAGCUCCAGUAACAAACGCCUCUGACGUGCAAGCCUCAGAGGUUCCAGUAGCCACUGACAAGGAGAAGGUGGCUCCAGUCAUUGCUCCUAAAAUUACAUCUGUUAUCAGCCGGAUGCCUGUCAGCAUCGAUUUGGAGAAUUCACAGAAGAUAACCCUGGCAAAACCAGCUCCUCAGACUCUGACUGGCCUGGUGAGUGCCCUGACUGGCCUGGUGAACGUCUCCCUGGUCCCAGUGAAUGCCCUGAAAGGCCCCGUGAAGGGGUCAGUGGCCACGCUGAAAGGGUUAGUGAGCACCCCUGCGGGGCCUGUGAAUGUCCUGAAGGGGCCUGUGAACGUUCUUACGGGGCCGGUGAACGUCCUCACCACGCCAGUGAACGCUACUGUAGGUACAGUGAAUGCCGCUGCCGGCACGGUGAACGCUGCCACAGGAGUAGUGAAUGCCACUGGGGGUGCAGUGACAGUCACAGCAGGUGCAGUGACUGCUGCAUCUGGUGGUGUGACUGCCACGGCAGGUGCGGCAGCUAUGACAGGUGCAGUGAUUGCACCAUCAGCAAAGUGCAAACAAAGAUCAAGCAGUAACGAAAAUAGUCGCUUCCACCCUGGGUCCAUGUCUGUGAUUGAUGACCGUCCCGCAGACGCAGGGUCUGGUGCGGGGCUCCGCGUGAACACUUCGGAGGGGGUUGUGCUCCUGAGCUACUCGGGGCAGAAGACUGAAGGCCCGCAGCGGAUCAGUGCCAAGAUUAGCCAGAUCCCCCCGGCCAGUGCAAUGGACAUUGAAUUUCAGCAGUCGGUGUCCAAGUCCCAGGUGAAACCUGAUUCUGUCACACCAUCGCAGCCUGCACCCAAAGGCCCUCAAGCUCCCUCCGGCUUUGCGAACGUGGCCACCCAUUCCACCCUGGUGCUGACUGCCCAGACUUACAAUGCCUCCCCUGUGAUCUCCUCUGUCAAGGCCGACCGCCCAUCCCUAGAGAAGCCUGAGCCCAUCCAUCUCUCUGUGUCCACCCCUGUCACCCAGGGUGGCACAGUGAAGGUUCUCACCCAGGGCAUAAACACACCGCCAGUCCUGGUCCACAACCAGCUGGUCCUCACCCCAAGCAUUGUCACCACUAAUAAAAAGCUUGCUGACCCUGUCACCCUCAAGAUAGAGACCAAGGUCCUUCAGCCAGCCAACCUUGGUUCUACACUCACGCCCCACCACCCUCCUGCUCUGCCCAGUAAGCUGCCUGCAGAAGUGAACCAUGCCAGCUCGGGGCCCAGCACACCGACAGACCGAGCGGUCUCCCACCUGGCAGCCACCAAGCCAGACACACACUCUCCGCGACCCAGCGGGCCUGCGCCAACCCCCUUCCCCCGGGCGUGCCACCCCAGCAGCACCGCGUCCACGGCGCUCUCUACCAACGCCACGGUCAUGCUGGCCGCAGGCAUCCCAGUGCCUCAGUUUAUCUCUAGCAUCCACCCAGAGCAGUCUGUCAUCAUGCCGCCCCACAGCAUCACCCAGACUGUGUCCCUUGGCCACUUGUCACAGGGUGAGGUGAGGAUGAACACGCCCACCCUGCCCAGCAUCACCUACAGCAUCCGGCCAGAAACGCUACACUCUCCUCGGGCCCCCCUGCAGCCGCAGCAGAUAGAGGUGCGGGCCCCACAGCGCGCAGGCACCCCACAGCCCGCCACGGCUGGAGUGCCCUCUCUAGCCCCCCAGCACGGCCCCGAGGAAGAAGUGCACUACCACCUCCCUGUGGCUCGAGCCGCAGCCCCCGUGCAGUCCGAGGUGCUGGUCAUGCAGUCCGAGUACCGGCUGCACCCCUACACCGUGCCCCGCGAUGUUCGCAUCAUGGUGCAUCCACACGUGACAGCAGUCAGCGAGCAGCCCAGGGGUGCAGAGGGUGUGGUGAAGAUGCCACCUGUCAGCAAGGCCCCUCAGCAACCUGGGAAAGAAGCUGCCAAGACACCAGAGGCCAAAGCGGCCCCCGCCCCCACCCCGUGCACUCCAGCGGGGAGCUGUUUCAAGAGUACAGAUACGGUGACAUCCGUACCUACCAUGCCCCAACGCAGCUCACACCCACUCAGUUUCCUGCUGCCUCAAUUGGCCUGCCUUCCCGGACCAAGACUCCUGCCCAGGGGCCCCCUGACGGUGAGCCCUUGCAGCCCAUUCAGCCCGCACCGUCCGCGCAGCCUGCUCCACCUGUGCCGCCCUGCAAUCCCUCCCAACUCAGCCAGGCUGGCCAGCCGCCGAGUAGCAAGAUGCCUCAGGUUUCCCAAGAGGCAAAGGGGACUCAGACAGGAGGAAUCGAGCAGCCCCGCCUCCCAACUGUACCUGCAAACAGGCCGCCUGAACCCCAUGCCCCCCAGGUUCAGAGGGCACAGGUGGAAGGCGGCCAGACUUCCUACCCUUCCCCCGUGUCUGUCUCCAUGAAGCCGGACCUCCCAGCCCCUCUGCCUACUCAGGCUGCCCCCAAGCAGCCGCUGUUUGUUCCUACAACUUCAGGCCCCAGUACCCCACCAGGGCUGGCGCUGCCGCACGCUGAAGUCCAACCAGCCCCCAAGCCAGAUUCUUCUCCACACUUGACUUCCCAGAGAUCUGUGGAUAUGGUCCAGCUUCUGAAGAAGUAUCCCAUCGUGUGGCAGGGCCUGCUGGCUCUGAAGAAUGACACAGCUGCUGUGCAGCUCCACUUCGUCUCUGGUAACAACGUCCUGGCCCACCGGUCCCUGCCUCUCUCCGAAGGGGGUCCCCCGCUGAGGAUCGCCCAGAGGAUGCGGCUGGAAGCUUCACAGCUGGAAGGGGUGGCCCGAAGAAUGACAGUGGAGACAGAUUACUGUCUGCUGCUGGCUCUGCCCUGUGGUCGUGACCAGGAAGACGUGGUAAGCCAGACAGAGUCCCUGAAGGCUGCCUUCAUCACUUACCUGCAGACCAAGCAGGCAGCAGGGAUCAUCAACGUUCCCAACCCUGGCUCCAAUCAGCCCGCCUAUGUGCUGCAGAUCUUCCCGCCUUGCGAGUUCUCUGAGAGUCACCUGUCCCGCCUGGCCCCUGACCUCCUUGCCAGUGUCUCCAACAUCUCUCCUCACCUCAUGAUUGUCAUUGCCUCUGUGUGAGCCACUGGACUAUCACCACCUCAGGGCGUUUUCCCCGAGGUUCUGCCGGAAAAAAAAAAAAAAAACAAAAAACGACCACCAGACUACCCAGUCAGGCAGAGGAGCGGCUGCAGAGGGGACAGACCCCACUGCCAGACGCUGGCCUCCGUGCCUGCCCCGCUCCCAGGGACAGACCUCCCUGGGCGGUGGUGCUGCUGCCUUGUAUGUUUACACGACGCUGUCGCCCAGGACAUGCCACCAACUGAGGGGCUCACAGACACCUUGGGGCUGGGUUUCUCUCUUUUUGGAGAAAAGGAAUAGGGCAGUGGAAUUCAUUUUUGUUUUUAAGAAACAAGAAAACAGGACUGCCUUUGCACUAAAUUAGUGACUUGGACUUUUGCACAGUGAAGACAGGCUGUGACGCUCUGACAGACGUCUUGGUGUGUGUGAACACGUCACAGACGCUAAUGCAGGACUCGAAACUUCUGCUGAAACCUUGGGGUCAAGGAACAUUUCAUUGGGUUUUGUUUUUGCCCCACCUCCUCUUCCCUUGCUCAUUGGAUGUGUCACCUCUUAACUCCUGCUGCCACCACCUUUGACUCACCAGGAUGUACAGUUUACAGUGGAACAGGAGCAAACACACGAUUUCCUUCCUUGGUGGGAUAUGCAGAACAUGGGAUGUGUGUAUAUAUAAAUAUAUAAUAUAUAUAAAUAUAUAUAAUACUGACUUAAAAAUCAAAUUUCCCCGACAUACAUUUUUUUUAAUCUGUGCCAAAAAUGUGUUUUCAGAGAAAAUCUUAUUUUCAUACUCAGACUUUGUAUCGUCACUCAUUUGUAUAAGUGCGCUUCAUGACAGCACGGGCGCCGCUCCCGCGAUGUGCAAGUGUCACACCGCACCUGUACAAAGACUGGCCAACCCUCUCCUGUGUCCCAGACCUCUCCAGACUUCCUAACACUUAUUAAUUUAUGAAACUGUUUUUCUCAGCGCAGUUUUGUUUUGUGUGUCCAUUGGAUUACAAACUUUAUUAAAAAAUACAAAACA